AGCAGCUUUGGCUCCAGGGGCCUACCUCAUUCUCGCCUGCAACUUCCCCAGGGCACGUCUCCUCCAUCCAAUUGUUUGUUCCCCGACCUCACCGCCCUCACUUCGCCCCCCUCCGAGCCAGCCCCCGCAUAGGGGAUGCCCUCGGCGCCGGCGCCCAGCGGCGCCGCGCGGGCCCAGUCGGUGCCCUCCCCGCCCGCCUCCGCGCGCGGCGGCCGCGGCCGCAGCCAGCUGCUGGCGGGCGCGGCCCGCGCCGGCCUGGAGCCGCAGGGCCGGCACGGCGACGGGCGGCGCGGCCCUCCGCCGCAGGGCAGCGGCGCGGCGGCCGCAGCCACGCCGGGCGCGGCGCCCAUGCACGUGCCGGCGUCCCAGGCCGACAUGCUGUCUCGCACCGUGUUUGCCCUGUGCUUCAUCGCGGACUCGGUACCACGGCGGCCCUGCGAGGUGCGCGAGGACCCGCCCCUGGCGUCCACGGUGGGCUGCCACAUGGUGCGGCGCCUCCGCCUGCAGGUGCAGGCGCAGCGCCGACGGGACUGCGCGUGGCGCGCUCGGUAGGCCCGGCGGCCGUAGUUAGCCUACUGCUCCGAACAAACGGCGCGGCGACACAUGUUUUCCUUUGUUGUGCUGCUUAGUCAGCUGCUGGGACAAUGUUAGGGGAGCAUGAACAUAACCCGAACACCGAGGCCGGUCAACGUUAUGGUGACGUGGUUCGGUUUAGCUACCGUAGUUAGUUCUUUAGACGAUCGUUUUAGACGGUGCCGUCUCUUGCGCUUCACGCUUUACUAUGUAGUCGAGGGAUCCAAGCAAAACAGACGCGCGUAAUUAUCUGUAGUCCUGCCACCGUGGUGGCCCAGGGCCCCUGAAAGAAGUUUGUUCUUUGUUACGGCAGUUGUUUGUGGCGGCGUUUCCCAGUCGUUCGCACGACAUUGUGCACUUUAGUGAUUUGCAGUGCGUUGUCCCUCACUCGCGCGCGGGUUUCAAAAGUGACAGUAGUUCUACGCUUUGGAGCCCUAGGAGCCUGAAAUUGACGACAGCUCCACGCUCUUGAGACUCAGC